AGCUGCAUGUAUCCAGUUUCAGCUUUGUUGUGUAUAUGGCGUACAGAAUGAAAUGGAGACGCAAUGCCAUUGGCGUGCAUACCGGCUUUAGAGCGAGCUGGCUCAUGGCAGUAUGUAUCUUGUUGGAGAACCAAGCUGUGAAAGGUCGAGGUGUCACUCUCAGUGCUAGUGGUACAGGACAAGCAACAACAGCAUUCGAAGUGACCUUUGGUGAUGGACAACCUACAGCCGAUGUUACCAACUACUUACCUACGUGUGUUGUGCUCAGUGGAUCAGGACCAUUCAUUCGACUAGAGAAGACUGAGGGUAGUCUAGUGUUGGCUGAGACAGGUACCUUCUCAGGAGUUACUACUGUACAGGUGAACACCACAGCACAUCCUACACUGGACACAUCAUACACUGGACUGUACCAUUGCAGAACAGCGGAUCGCAACUCUUCGCAGACAUAUCAACUCAACAUUGUAGCUCAACAAGUUCAGUCUGGACCAUUCCCUACAUCACUGACAUUGACCAACACGGGUGCUACUCACAAAAUACCAUGUAUGUCAAGUGGAAACUUUCCUCUCAACUCAUAUUGGAGCUCAACAUUAACUCUGGACACACAGAUGAUACAGACGGUGACACCUACGAAUAUUGUGAACUCAACGUUCACCUUCCAGCGGAAUGAUUCCCAGAUUGUGUUUACAGAAAGUGAUACAUCAGGUGUUACCUUCAUUGUAACAUGUACGACAUCGUAUACUACACACUUUGAUUGUAUUGGAAUGGGCUCAAAUCCUCCGCGUCCACAAAGUGUGAUUGACACAUGUGUAAAUGCUUCCAAGACAAUACAUACCACUGUCUCUGUCACAAUCCGAGCGCUAUGUCCAGAUCUCAAUGACAGCAAGUUCAAUUACAAACCUAUUCCCGGUCUCAGCAGACAACCAGGUACCCCAGUACCCAUCGAGUGCAGAACAGGUUUUCUGUCUAACAAUAGUAUGGAAAUAACCCAGUCUAUAUGCCAGGGCAAUGGAAGGUGGCAACCAAGUCCACCAUUGUGUGAAAGUUGCUCCAUGGUUUGCAAUAAUGCCAGUGUUACCAGCUGUGCCAGGAUCACUGUGUCUAACAUACAAGGCAUAAAUUGCCCAUGUAGCAGUACUGAUGAAAUCUGGACAAGGUCUGCUCAGGGCUGUUUGCCCACCCAUUGCGCCGCUCAAGACUUAAACUUCACUGUCAGCAAUAUUCCGAGAUUGGAAGUGAAUAAGUCUAUGAUUAUAGCUUGCGCUGUUAACUACACUUCCACGGGAAAUGAGAGUAUCGUCACAUGUCUGCAAAACGGGACGCUGUCUAACCUACCAGUUUGCACAGAAGUCAUUCAUAUGGAUCCAACGAUUGUCACGGGCAAGUUCUAUUUCGUUAACUACUUCACUCUGCACUUGAACUGAAUGCGCCAAGCACUGCAUUUAGUAUUUAAAUCUCGGCAUGAUCACGUUUAUGGAUGCAAUUGUUCCCACAAUAUUGGAUUUUUAUCAUCAGAUCUCGUAGGUCUCUUUAUUUAAGCGCAAAAUAUCGGGCACAAAACUGAAACUGCAUAGAUCCGCC